CAGGCAAAAAGCGGAAUCUCUAACAGUGGUUUGUUUUAUUUUCAUCAGAUUUAUUGCGACAUGUCAGCAAACGCUGGUGGAUGGACUCUCACUGCUCGGUUUUCAAACGCUGACACAAAAAACUGGAUGAGAGAUGAUGCUUACUGGUGGUAUGACAUCCAGACUUCACAGGGGUCCCCUACAAACACGUCAAGUAACUAUGACAUGAUAUCUGAAGCAUUUUGGAGAGUUAAAGGAAGUGAGAUUAAAAUCACACGCAGCGAUGAUAGCUCAAACACUGCUCUCCUUCGUACGUAUACUAACUGCCUAAGUGGAAACACUCUCAGGGCAUUCUUGUCCAGUUAUGGCAAGUUCAGUUAUCGUAACACUUGGUCUAACGAUAAAUGCCUUGGAAGUUGUCCGGUGUAUUAUGGAGGCUCGUAUAGCUCUACAGCUGGCUUCAAAGAAGCACACUGUAGCGGCGAUAUUCAGAGCAGCAGCCGCAUUGGUUUCUGGUGUCAAUGGAGCACCGGUGAUGGUUCGGUGAUGAUGAUUGGAGGAGGAGGAAGCGGAUGUAGCCGAGCAGAUCAUGGUAUCGGUAUCACCGAGAAUGACUAUGGAGGGUUUGAAGGAUGGACUGAUUCAGGAGAAAGUGAUUUUGGAAAUUACGCCCCUGAUUCCACUUCUUCUUACUCCUUGAAUUUGUGGAUUUGUUAAAAAUAGGAACACAGCGAAGUGUUUCUCUCUCUAAAUAGAUCCCAUGUGUCAGACAUUUAUACAAUCAAUAAGCCAAGCAAUGUUCUAAAAGUGAUUUCACAGUUUUUGAUUGCCUAUUAAAUGACGUCAGUUUUUUUUUUUCUCAAAAGUUUGCAGUUGCAAUUUUUCAGCGGCCCACGGAUUUUUACAUCGGAUCGAAUUUUCCGUCUAGACCAUUUUCAUCUGGUUAUCAGUACUGAAGCAUAAGAGAGAACUUUACUACGAGAAUUUAUAAGUUAGGCCUGAAGUAAUUGGUUAAAUUAGGCCAUUUUUGUAUUUUCGGU